GGCCCUGACCCAGAUGCAAAGCCUGACGACGGCGUCCCAUUGAAUCGCAAUCGUUCCCGCUUUGAUGAUUUCAACGUCACGACGCUGAUGAGGGCCCUGACUGCGUGCGAUCCCAGUGCAUUUUUGAAGCUGCAUUUCAGGGUUCUCUUGAAGAGCAGGGAGCGCAUGCAGAACAAAGGCGCCGUGCAGCAGCCCACAACCUACCCCUGUGACGUCGAGAUGUCGGACACGAUCCCGAUGCAGAGCCGUUCGAAGGGAGGCGUCGCCACGUACAUCCAGGAGCAGUGCGCGUUGAAGGGCUCCCGUGGUAAAGGUCUCGUGCUUCCAGUUGAUUUUGACACUGGUGGCCACUUCCCGACUGCAGUCACCGGCACCAAAUGCACCGUGAAGUCGAUCGUCGACAAGUCAGAGGCCGUCCUCAAGGCCCCCAGGCGGGCGAAACUAUACAUAAACAGCAACCACAGCUACCGCGCCGCCACCGCGCGCCAGGACGGGUGCGACUUUUGCGAGCAGCUGCACGCCAUGUUCCGCAAGUCGGCACACGAGGACUUCGACGAGGAGGGGCAGGAGGGCGGGGUCAAGAUCCAGACGCCUGCAGGUGGCACCGCAGUAGGAUCUCCGACACGGCGUCGCCUGGGCAUCAAAGUUCCUGAGCCCGGCGCCCAGUGCGCUGCCGAGGCCGGCGGGGCGGACGCCAGACCGACGAGGGAUGGGCGCCGCCUUGGCCUUCCCAUGCGUGUCUCGAAGCGCGGUGCAGCGCUGAAAGGCAGUAUUCCAUCCCGCCGCGGGUCUUCGAAUGGGCCUUCGAAGGUCGUGAGCGGCGACGCCGCCCCGAUCGCCCCGCAGCUUUUUGAUUUCCCGCUCCCGUCGCCCGCGGAG